UGCCUGACUAACUUUUUCAUUCAUUGUAGAGGCAGUUUCGCUGUGUUGCACAGGCUGGUCUUGAACUCCUGGGUGCUCCUGCCCCAGCCUUAUAAAAUGUUGGGAUUAUGGGUGUGAGCUACCCUGCCUGGCCAAUAAAGGGUCUUUUUGAAAAUAUUAAGUUGAAUAUGCAAGAAGGAAUACAAAUUAAUGAAAGUGGUAAAUAUGUGCAUAAUUCUAAAUGAAUGUUUACUGUAAAAAAUAAUAUCUUGUUGGGGUAAUUAUAUAAUUGAUAUGACAUAUGCAAAUGGCAAAAAAUAGAAUGGAGGUAAAGGCGACAGGAGUAAGUUUAGUUAAAUUAUUUCUUGAACUUUUCCAUGUCUAUGAGGAGAUUUUGAACAAUGUUAAUGUAAUUCCACUCAUAGGUAUAUAUGCAAAGGAAUUGUAUCAAAUGAUAUAUGAAAGAAUGUUCUAGUAGAAUUAUUCAUAACUGUUCAAAAAAGAAGCUGGCCAAGUACAUAUUAAGGUUGGAUGAAUCAUUACAGUAAUUCCGUGCAAUGGAACAUUAUAGAAAAGUGAAAAAAAUCACAUGUACUUGCAACUAUGUGACUAAAUUUCAGAAGCAUAAUGUUGGGUCCAAGAAGCCACAAACAAGAAGAACAUGUAGGAUUGCACCUACACACAGUUCAAAGCAGGGCAGACUAAGCUACGGAGUUUAGGGUUGCAUACCUAGUUGGUAAAGUAUAAAGAAAAUUGAGGAAAUAAUCAUCAUAAAUUAUGGAUAUUGCUUAUAUCAGGAGAUGGGAAGAAGGGUUUAGGGGCUUGUAAGAUGGCAUGGAGGUGGACCUAGGCUGUUUUCGGUGUUCCUUGUCUUGCCCUGCAUCAUGGUUACUUGAGUGUUUAUGAUACACUGUGGUAUUUCCCAUUUUUGUAUUGGUUCAUUUCUAAGUGCGCAUUAUAACUUUAAUAUACAAAUUUGUAAUUAGGAGAAAUAUCUCAUAGAAAUUAUUAUUACUCGUCUCAUUAUAUACUGAAGGGAAAUAUCAAUUAUUUGUAUACAUUCCUAUACAACUCUAAGAUAGUUGAAAUAGGAACUUUCUUAUUUAGUUGCAACAUGAGGAAAUUUGAGAUGAUGUUAUCUGCCACCCCCAGAUCUUUCCAAAGGAUUUCUUCUAGCCUUAAUUAUCGACCUCCCAGGACAAACCUUUGCCAUUCCUCAUCUAUUUUUUCUUUCGGCUCCUGAAUUCCUGACACAACAAGGUUGUACAUAUUUCCCACACUCUUGGUUUAGCAGAGUUCUUUUAUCAGUUAUGUUUCUCUGCAGGAGAAGACCCUUCAAAACUACAUUAGAUAUUUAUAUCUCACAUGUCGUUUGAUGUUGGUUUUUUUUUGUUUUGUUUUGUUUUGUUUUUUUGACAGAGUCUUGCUGUGUCGCCCAGGCUGGAGUGCAGUGGCAUAAUCUCAGUUCACUGCAACCUCCGCCUCCCGGGUUCAUGCCAUUCUCCUGCCUCAGCCUCCUGAGUAGCUGGGAAUACAGGUGCACACCACCAUGCCCUGCUAAUUUUCGUAUUUUUUAGUAGAGACGGGGUUUCACCAUGUUGGCCAGGAUGGUCUCCAUCUCUUGACCUCAUAAUCUGCCUUCCUCAACCUUGCCCACGCUGGGCCUGGAUUUUAUUUUUCUAAGCUGGGUUUGGUGGAUGGCUGUCGUGAUUUGAGAUGGGCCAAAUUCUGCAUCUUGGAGGACGUUAGAGUUUUGCCAAUUUAGUCUGGAUCAGGUGGCGGCAAUCUCACGUCAUUAGUUUCUCAUUCUUCUUCUGGGAACAGUGUACUAGAUAGGCGAUAUUCUUAUGGUUAAUGGAACGAGGAAGAAUCCCCAGUAUGGAAGCCAUCUCAAAUCUCUAUGCAAACUGUAGUAAUUUUCUGUUUAUCAAAGUAAGUGAAAUGAUUGAACUCCAAGUUCAGGGGCAGGGUAGUCAGUCUUCCUGUGAUAGGAUACUGCAGGAUUAUAUAUCAAAGGGUCUGGUACUCAGGAAUUCUUAUAAAAUUGCUAAAUAUUUUAUAUAAUAAUAUUUAAACAUUAGACUUGAGAGAAACUUUACCAAGUCCUAAGAAUUAGAGAUAUGUUUUUGAUAAAUAAAUAUUAUUCAUGGGCUGAAAACCCUGAGUGGGAAAAUAGGACUAAUUUCAUCUGCACAGCCUCUUGGAAACUCAUGUUUUAUUUUGGAAAUUACAAGAAAAUAAUUUGUUCCAUUCAUAAGUGGUGUGCACAUGUGUAUAUUUGUGUGCAUAUUUAUGAGUUUGUGAAUAAUGAAGUUAUAUGAAAGUGUUAGCAGCAACCAGAUCUUGUGGAGGAUUGGCCUGCCUGUGGUUCUCAAGAAAAUCUGAGAUGCCUUUGAUAAAAGCAGUUAGGAUUCUGUGUAUUUAAAUCUGUGAUUUAAAAAAGUCCGCAUUGGUGAUGAUCUUAGUUAUGACCAAGCUCCCUUUGAGAAUUUAGAUAUUUACUAUAUGAUAUAUAUAUUGAGUUACAAAACUUCCCUAACAACUGAAGUCACUAAAGAUAAAUGAUGGAGAGGUUACACAAGGAAAAACUGCAAACACUGAAAGUGAAUAUGUCCCUAUUUGCAUACUAGCAAAUGAGGAUUCAGGUUUCACGUCAAUUUCAGUGUGAAUAAUUCCAGCCUAUAACAAGAACAGACAGUGAAUGAAUGAGUUAAUUUGAGUUGUUUGAAAAUAAGAAUGUUUUCCAUAAAGAGAUCAUUGAACUCAUCAGUUAACAUGCCAUGGUUAUUUCUGGCUUGACACUGGUCACAACAAUUAAAAGUAAAAAGAAUGUCACAGCACAUUCACAAAUCAGGUGCAUAUAGAAUUUAAGGUCAGGAUAUUCAGCAAUCACACCCAGUUAUAUUAGAUUGAGAGAUGAAGCUAGCUAUACUUUCUGAAUCGAGUGGGGACUUGGAGAACGUUUCUGUAGCUAGCAAGGGGAUUGUAAAAUGCACCAAACGGUGCACUGUAAAACCACAGCAAUCAGCGCUCUGUAGCUAGCAAGAGGAUUGUAAAAUGCACCAAUCGCUCUAAAAUACACCAAGCAACAGGAUCCUAAAAGUAGCCAAUGGCAGGGAGGAUUGAAAAACGGGCACUCUGAUAGGACAAAAAAGGAAAAUGGGAGGGGACAAAUAAGGGAAUAAAAGCUCAUGGCUUCAGCCAGCAGCAGCAACCUGCCUGGGUCGCCUUCCUCUCUGUGGAAGCUUUGUCCUUUCUCUCUUCUCAAUAAACCUUGCUGUUGCUCACUCUUUGGGUCCAUGCCAUCUUUAAGAGCAGCAACACUCACCGUGAAGGUCGGUGGCUCCAUUUCUGAAGUCAGGGAGACCACGAACCCACCUGCAGGAACCAACUCCGGACACAACACCAGCAUUAAAACAAUUUUUUUUUGUCUGUUCAGACAUGACAACUUUUAUACCCAUCAUUUUUUCCAGUCUGGUAAUGGUUAUGUUUGUUACUGGAAAUUUUGCUAAUGGCUUCAUAGCAUUGGUAAAUUCCAUUGAGUCGGUCAAGAGACAAAAGAUCUCUUAUGCUGACCAAAUUCUCACUGCUCUGGCAGUCUCCAGAAUUGGUUUGCUCUGGGUAUUAUUAUUAAAUUGGUAUUCAACUGUGUUGAAUCCAGCUUUUUAUAGUGUAGAAGUAAGAACUACUGCUUAUAAUGUCUGGGCAGUAACCGGCCAUUUCAGCAACUGGCUUGCUACUAGCCUCAGCAUAUUUUAUUUGCUCAAGAUUGCCAAUUUCUCCAACCUUAUUUUUCUUCACUUAAAGAGGAGAGUUAAGAGUGUCAUCCUGGUGAUGCUGUUGGGGCCUUUACUAUUUUUGGCUUGUCAACUUUUUGUGAUAAACAUGAAAGAGAUUGUACAGACAAAAGAAUAUGAAGGAAACAUGACUUGGAAGAUCAAAUUGAGGAGUGCAGUGUACCUUUCAGAUGCGACUGUAACCACGCUAGGAAACUUAGUGCCCUUCACUCUGACCCUACUAUGUUUUUUGCUAUUAAUCUGUUCUCUGUGUAAACAUCUCAAGAAGAUGCAGCUCCAUGGCAAAGGAUCUCAAGAUCCCAGCAUGAAGGUCCACAUAAAAGCUUUGCAAACUGUGACCUCCUUCCUCUUGUUAUGUGCCAUUUACUUUCUGUCCAUAAUGAUAUCAGUUUGGAGUUUGGGGAGUCUGAAAAACAAACCUGUCUUCAUGUUCUGCAAAGCUAUGAGAUUCAGCUAUCCUUCAAUCCACCCAUUCAUCCUGAUUUGGGGAAACAAGAAGCUAAAGCAGACUUUUCUUUCAGUUUUGCAGCAAGUGAGGUACUGGGUGAAAGGAGAGAAGCCUUCAUCUCCAUAGAUUCAUGAGAGGGGCAUUGUGUGUCUUCUAGCAGAAAACAAACUGGUGGUGUAUGAAACAUUUUAUAUUUCUUACUGGUUUUUCUAUACUGUAUGUGUAUGAAUAAUUUCCAAACGUAUACCUAGAAAAGUCUUUGACCUAAUAUUUGUCUAGAAAAAAAUAUAUAUAUGUGUGUGUGUGUUUAUGUGUGUAUGAAAACUUAAGAACAUUGACAAUAACAUGCUCUUUUCUGUUUUUUUCAUACAAACUGCCAAAUUAUACAAAAUAUGACAAAAAUUUCUUAGAAUUUUGAAGCCAUGUAUAUUUCAUUCAUGUAUUUUAUAUUUCACUUGUAGAAUUUAUGAUGUCUAUUUAUAAUUAUUAAGAAGUAACAGCUUAUCCCAGGAUAAAUAUUGCUCUUUUCUAUUGUUAUUUGAACCACAGGAAUACACCACAUUGUGCUUAGAAUUCAUUGCUUGAACCUCGAAUUUAUUGGAUGGUACAGUCAUUCAAUUCUAAAUCAAUAAUGAGGAUGUAUCUUUGGUGUUUUAUUCCAUUAUGAAUUUCUAUUUUAUGUUUAGUAAAAAGUAAUGAGAAUUAUUGUUAGAAAACAAUGCACACAAUAGAAUUUGAGUGAGAAACAUAUGCAGAGUAAAUUUAGUGUAUGUCUACCAUAAGCGGUACUGAGGAAUAUUAGAUUUCAUAUGUGAAUAGCUUAGAAAAAAUCCCUUCUCUAAUAAAGGGAUGAAAUAUCAUGAUCAUGAUC